CUAAGAAUCCGAACGGUUCAUUUCCUGCGGUUACUUCAUGACGAAGAUAACGUUCGAACAGAGUGAGGAUACGAUAUACCGUGGAUUGGUAUUGGAAGCCGACAACGAUCGCGGUACCUAAGGAUCGGCUGUUCAAGGACGUCCCCGAGACGAGUCGGCGAACGAAUUGUGCUCGAAAAAUCUGAAGCAUUCGUAUUUUUCUUUUUGCUUCAAAUUCGAAUACUCGAAAUGGAUUUGGGAACGAAGAGUAACGCGAGUCAGAGCAUUCCCUGGAACGACGAUGACAUUACCUGGUCGUCGACGGAAUCGCCAUUGACACCCGCCGAAGAAGACGCGAUCGUUACCAUAGUCGUUGUUGUGAUCGGAGUGAUAUUUGCGAUAAUCGCAUUAUUCUGCAUGGGAGUAUUCAUAGACUGCAGACACCAAAAAACGGAUUCGGGAAAGCCGAGAAAUCCCCUGAGACUCAAGAUGCCGCCCUUGGGCAGAAGGAGAGGCGAAAGGUUACGAAAAAAUGAAGACGGAAAAUCUUUGGCGACCGAUAUGUGCCCCAACGGAGCGAGCGAUCCGGGGUCCCACGACAUCGACGCGAUUGUUUGAUGAAAAAGUAUUCCAACGAUCGUCUCGAUUGUCUCAAUUUUCCUUUUCUCUUUCCUCCUUAUUAUAACGUUGAUAUUACUCUGUAACGAUACAUUUACGAGUUUCGAUAAUUCCGAAGCGUGUAAUUAGGUGUAUUUCUUGUUAUCAUUGAGUACGGUUGAAAUUUUCUCAGGCUGCAUUUUUACGGGACGUAUCGCUUGUGAGAAAACAGGCGACGAUAACGCAAUUAUUAUUUAUGCUUCCACAUCGACGAGACGCUCGUCAUUAUUAAAAACAAGACGGGAGAGAGCGGGAGAAAAAAUCUGAAGGGGGUACGUCCGACGCUUGGGAAACGGAGAACGGAAUCGGAUAUAUAUUUUUUUUUUCAAAAUAACAAGGGGGAGGUGAUCGGUGACCCCCUUGUUCGAAUGUUGAGUCGCGAUAAUCGUGGAUUGUGUCUGUCGAGCUCGUCGGAGUCUAGGGUACGAUGACGAUCGGGAUAAAUUUUGUUCCAUUUGCGAGUCGGCUAAUUAUCUGUAUAGAUAUAUAUAUAUAUAUAUAUAUACACAAACGUUUAUAACUCUAUAUUUUGUUUACGACGCACGUAUAUCGCUGUAAAUAUAUUCAUGCGCGUAUCGUCGGCCGCACGUUGUGACGGACGAUUGUACAUUUUAUCGAUUUAAUUACAGCGAUCGAAACGAUUAGACAAGACCGUUAAUCACGCGAACAUCUCAUUCUUAUUAUAACCAUAAUUUCGUGAUAUUUAGAAUCGAUUUAUCUUCACAUCUCGCUGGUGCUCGUUCUCGGAAUUAAAUAUAAUUCCAAAAUAAGAAAAAAAAAAAUUUAUUCCGUAUUAUUAUAAUAGAUAAAAGAAAAUAGAACGAUAUACUUGUAAAUAACACUGUAAAAUUGUACGUUAAUAUCUGUUUUAUCUCGAGAAAAAAAAAAAAUGGAAAAAAAAAACAAAAACUGAU